ACACAAUCGAUUAGCAUUAGCAACAAAUGAAACCAGGGAGUAUAUCAGACACGAAAGAUAGAUCACUGAGAGUCGGAACAAUUUGGCGAUGAGCGCCUGAAAGAACAUUUUUGUCUGAUCAGCAGUUAUCUGCAGUUGUAGAAGUGAAACUUGAGCUGCUGUGUACUUAUUCCGACUGAGAGACUUCCUCUUUGACAUUCGGUUUGGACAAUGGCUUUUCGUAAGUUCCUUAAACCCACCACAGCCUGCCUGAGGAUACAGAGAGCAGUAGGAGAAAAUGUUGCAGCUUCUGUCUCUCCUAAAAAUAUCAAGACCAUGGAUGAUAUUCCUAAGGUUUCUCUUCCAGAACUAAUGUACAGGAUAACAUUUAAUGGAUACUACAAUCAGAUGCAUGAGCUGCAGCUGUAUUAUAAACAACGUUAUGGACACAUGGUCAAAGUACAAUUAGGCAGCGAGAUUACUGUAACUUUAACUAAUGUGGAUCUUGUGGAGGAACUGCUGAGAAAAGAUGAGAAGUUCCCUUGUAGAGGAAACAUGACACCCUGGACUGAAUAUCGAGAUAUUAGGGGCUUAGGAUAUGGCCCUUUUACUGAAGAAGGUGAAAAGUGGUACAAACUCCGAUCUGUGCUGAACAAGCGUAUGCUGCAUCCAAAGGAUGCAAUGAAGUAUGAGCAUGUGGUUAAUGAAGUAGUCACAGAUUUUAUUAAACGUAUACGGUUUCUGCGCAAAAUGAGCCCCACUGGAGACCUGGUAUCCAACAUAUCCAAUGAGCUAUACUACUUCUCUCUAGAAGGAAUCUCCAGCAUACUGUUUGAGACUCGAAUUGGUUGUCUUGAAAAUGAGAUUCCAGCUGAGACUCAAAACUUCAUCGACUCCAUUGCCCAGAUGUUUACUAACAGUAUGCUUGCAACUGUGGUUCCCAAGUGGGCACGCAAUUAUUUGCCAUACUGGAAGCGCUACAUGGGUGGUUGGGAUGGAAUCUUCAAAUUUGCCUGCAAGUUAAUCGACAGGAAGAUGGAGGAUAUUCAGAUGCGCCUGGAUGCAGGUCAGGAAGUUGAAGGCGAAUAUCUUAGCUACUUGCUCGCCAACACUAACAUGAGCAAAAAGGAUGUGUAUGGAAGCGUUGCUGAACUGCUACUAGCAGGAGUGGACACAACAUCCAACAGCUUGGUGUGGGCCCUGUACCUGCUCUCACAGCAUCCAAAAGCACAGGACAUGCUGUAUCAGGAAGUGACCAGCAUUGUAAAUGGGGACAAAAUUCCAACAGCUGAAGAUAUAAACAACAUGCCUUACCUCAAGGCUGUCAUCAAGGAAACUCUAAGAAUGUACCCAGUUGUUCCUGUAAAUGGACGUGUUUUGUCAAAAGAUGAUGUGAUAAUAGGAGGACAUUUCUUCCCUAAAAAUACAUCAUUUUCAGUCUUCCAUUACGCGAUCAGCCAGGAUGAGACAGUCUUCCCUGAACCAAAGAUGUUCCAGCCAGAACGCUGGUUGCGGGAUGGGAGAGCAAGGCCUAAUCCAUUUGGUGCCGUUCCAUUUGGGUUUGGAGUGAGAGGGUGUGUUGGUAAACGUAUUGCUGAAUUGGAGAUGCACUUAGCACUGGCAAGGAUAAUACAACAAUUUGAAGUGAAGCUGGAUCACAACAUCAGAGAGGUCAAAGCCCUUUAUCGCACUGUGCUUGUAGCAGACCGACCAGUCAAUUUUCAUUUUCUGGAACGGAAAAAUGCAUCCACUUAAAGUCAAAUUAUUAACUUUGACCAGGUUUUGUGACAGAAGAAGCCAUCUGCUCUUUCCAAAUGCCAUUCCUCUAAGGACAUGAAUUACGUGUAUAUAUAUAUAUAUAUAUAUAUAUAUAUAUAUAUAUAUAUAUAUAUAUAUAUAUAUAUAUAUAUAUAUAUAUUUUACAUUAUAUUAUAUACUACAUACAUUAUAUUUAUAAAAUGAAAUUUUUACAAUAAACACAGGUAUACCACUGCAAAUGACAUUCAUAGCUACACAAAGUGAAACCAGGUUCCCUUGUAGGUUUCAGAUUGUAAAGAAACUGAAUUAUAGCAAAUUUGUUUGAAUGAAUAAAUAGCCAUGUACAUGUUUACUAUCCACUAAGUAAAGCUUAUUAUGCAGUUGUACUUUGUUAAUAAAGUGCUUACAAACACA